CUGCCAACAUGAGUCCCCCGGUGGGUGACAAGAUUCGUCGUGACAAUGUGUGUAAGCCUGAGCAUGCGCGGACAAGGCAACACAUUUCAGCGCUAAUGUAAGCCCCUGACAAAACAAUUAGCUAAUGUAAUCGAGUUUGCUCACUAACAAUAGUUGGCCUGCUUAACUGGAAAUAGUUCACGUCGACAAGGGACCGUGAACCUGCCAUGGUAUGCUGAGGUGGGGAGUCUGGGGACCUAUGCACUAUGGCAGAGUCACUUGCCAUCCAGGACCAUUCAACAGAAGCAGAACUAUGCACUAAGUAUGAAAUAAAAGACAUUGAGUCCUUUGAGACUGAAGGAGCCAACCAGAGAUUGAAAGUCGACCACUUGCUUUUCACCAUUGAGAGACAUCAAAAAUGUUACUUCUGGUUUUGUGAAGAGUGCAAAGAAUAUUUUAUUGAUGAAUGCCCCACACAUGGCCCUCCAGUUUUUGUGCCUGACACCCCUGUGCCAGUGGGCGUCCCAAACCGUGCCGCCCUUACUACCCCUAAUGGCAUUGAGGUCAUUCAGGAAGGCAGCGAGGUGGACGUAUGCUGCGUAGACAAAGACAUUCCCAGGGGGGCACUAUUCGGUCCUUACCAGGGUGAAGUGAUGUCACAGGACAAGUCCUCUGGUUUCUUCUCCGGGACGUUGGUGGACAAAAACAACUCAUACAAAUCCAUUGAUGUUAGCGACGAAACCAAAGCCAACUGGAUGAGGUAUGUCCGAAAUUCUUCAGAGGACAUUGAGCGAAACCUGACAGCCUUCCAGCAUGGCGAGCAUAUCUACUUCCAGGUGUGCCGUGACCUGUCAGUGGGAGAGAGGCUGCGGGUAUGGUACAGUGAUGACUACAUGGACCGAUUACACCGCAUGUCCCAGGACACCAUCGUUAGCAACUUGGCCACAGUUGAAAAGGACUCACGAGUGUGGUCAAGCCCCUGGAAUGUUACAGCCCGGGACCGGGAGGCCACCCAGACCCUCAUCGAGCACUAUGGGUCCCCAGAAAUCCAGAGCCUACUGAACGACCGGACAACCAGAACCAAGCAGAUCUUUGAGAUCAUUGCCAGUCGGAUGGAGGCACAGGGCUUCCUGAUCAGUGAGAACUCCUGGCAGGCUGGCAAGCGAUGCUUCCAAAAGUGGCGCAACAUGGAGCGCACGUACAAAGACUAUGUGCUGGCGUCCAAGAGGACUGACGCUGGACGCAGGAAACAGCCCGAGUUCUAUGACCAGUUCCAUGCACUCAUGGGCCAGAGGCUGAGCUCCAAGCUGGCUGCUGCUGACACCCCAGCCAGGGCGUUGGCCAAGCUGAAGCCUAAAGCUGUAGCACCAACUCCAAGCCUGCCCCUCUAUGCUAUUGUAGUCCCAUCAGGCCAUCCAGUCAACCUCGGAUUACCCUCCACCUGCAGCCCAGAGGCAGAGAUUGGAGUCCAUGCAGGCACCACUGAGCCUGAACCGCUAGCCAGGAAGUCCAGGAGCGAACGGGUCCCACAUCCCAAGAUACUCCAGUCAAAUACAAUGGAGGAGAGGGCAGAGAAUCAACUCCAAAAGGGGAGGAGGAGGUCAUGGCUUGGGGAUGACAGAGCUGCUGAGAACGGUGGGUCCCUGCCUGUGUGGUCGGAGCGGAAAAUGAUCAGUCAGGACAUUGAGGCAACGGAGGCUUUAGUAGAGCUGUACAGCUCUCCAGAGAUCCAGGGACUAAUCAGGGAGAACAAGACCCGAACCAAGAGGAUCUUUGAGAUCAUAGCUAGCAGGCUAAAGGAGCAAGGCUUCCCCAUCAGUGAUGUGCCUGAGCAGGCGGGGGAGCGAUGCUUCCAGAAAUGGCGGAACCUAUCGAGGGCGUACAAGGAGUACAUCCUCCACCCAGAGAAGGCUGACAUGGCAAAGCGGAAGCUUCCGGCCUACUUCAACAGGCUCCAGGACCUCAUAGGCCACCGGCUCAGCCUUCAACUAUCUGAAGACUCCCCCGAGCCUGAUGGCAGCAUGGGAGAUGCUGAGGCAGAUGCAGGGGUUGAGGACAUAAGCCAGAAUCUGUUACACAUUGUGGAGGUGCCGGCGAGCCCCACUGACAUUGUCAGUCCCCCCUCCACUUCUGCCUCCUUCUCCUCUUCACAUACAGGAAACCCCCUCCAUGUUGGAGCCAGUGGGCGGAAGAGAAGGAGGAUGGCAAACAUCUUGGAUGUCUUUCAGGGUUACAGGGAGGAGGACAAACGAUUGCAAGAGGAGAGGGAAAGGAGGGCAGAGGAGCGCUUUAAUCAGCUGCGAAGCCUUCUGCAGCAACAGCACACAGAGACUAUGGCAGUGAUGAGAGAACUGAUCAAUUCCAUGAAGAUGAAAAAACAAUGAGAUAUACUGUGAAUACAGUUGAAGUCCGAAAUUUACAUACACCUUAGCCAAAUACAUUUAAACUCAGUUUGUCACAAUUCCUGACAUUUAAUCCUAGUAAAAAUUCCCUGGUUUAGGUCAGUUAGGAUUUUAAGAAUGUGAAAUGUCAGAAUAAUAGUAGAAAGAAUGAUUUAUUUCAGCUUUUAUUUCUUUCAUCACAUUCCCAGUGGGUCAGAAGUUUGCAUACACUUAAUUAGUAUUUGGUGGCAUUGCCUUUCAAUUGUUUGAAGUUUCAGGUAGCCUUCCACAAGCUUCCCACAAUAAGUUGGGUGAAUUUUGGCCCAUUCCUCCUGACAGAGCUGGUGUAACUGAGUCAGGUUUGUAGGCCUCCUUGCUCGCACACACUUUUUCAGUUCUGCCCACACAUUUUCUAUAGGAUUGAGGUCAGAGCUUUGUGAUGGCCACUCCAGUAUCUUGACUUUGUUGUCCUUAAGCCAUUCUGCCACAACUUUGGAAAUAUGCUUGGGGUCAUUGACCAUUUGGAAGACCCAUUUGCGACCAAGCUUUAACUUCUUGACUGAUGUCUUGAGAUGUUGCUUCAAUAUAUCCACAUAAUUGUCCUGCCUCAUGAUGUCAUCUAUUUUGUGAAGUGCACCAGUCCCUCCUGCAGCAAAGCACCCACACAACAUGAUGCUGCCACCCCCAUGCUUCACGGUUGGAAUGGUAUUCUUCGGCCUCCCCCUUUUCCUCCAAACAUAACGAUGGUCAUUAUGGCCAAACAGUUCUAUUUUUGUUUCAUCAGACCAGAGGACAUUUCUCCAAAAAGUACGAUAUUUGUCCCCAUGUGCAGUUGCAAACCGUAGUCUGGCUUUUUUAUGGCGGUUUUGGAGCAGUUUCAUCCUUGCUGAGAGGCCUUUCAGAUUAUGUCAAAAUAGGACUUGUUUUACUGUGGAUAUAAAUACUUUUGUACCCGUUUCCUCCAGCAUCUUCACAAGGUCCUUUGUUGUUCUGGGAUAGAUUUGCACUUUACUCACCAAAGUGUGUUCAUCUCUAGGAGACAGAACGCAUCUCCUUCCUGAGCGGUAUGACGACUGCGGUGUCCCACGGUGUUUAUACUUGCAUACUAUUGUUUGUACAGAUGAACAUGGUACCUUCAGGCGUUUGGAAAUUGCUCCCAAGGAUGAACCAGACUUGUGGAGGUCUACAAUUUUUCUGAGAUCUUGGCUGAUUUCUUUUGGUUUUCCUAUGAUGUCAAGCAAAGAGGCACUGUGUUUGAAGGUAGGCCUUGAAAUACAUCCACAGGUACACCUCCAAUUGACUCAAAUUAUGCCAAUUAGCCCAUCAGAAGCUUCUAAAACCAUGACACCAUUUUCUGGAAUUUUCCCAGCUGUUUAAAGGCAUAGUCAACUUAGUGUAUGUAAACUUCUGACCCACUGGAAUUGUGAUACAGUGAAUUAUAAGUGAAAUAAUCUGUCUGUAAAAAAUUGUUGGAAAAUGUACUUGUGUCAUGCACAAAGUAGAUGUCCUAACCAACUUGCCAAAACUAUAGUAUGUUAACAAGAAAUUUGUGGAGUGGUUGAAAAAUGAGUUUUAAUGACCCCACCCUAAGUGUAUGUAAACUUUUGUCUUCAACUGUGUAUACACUACCGGUCAAAAGUUUUAGAACACCUACUCAUUCAUGGGGUUUUAUUUAUUUUCACUAUUUUCUACAUUGUAGAAUAAUAGGGAAGACAUCAAAACUAUGAAGUAACACAUAUGGAAUCAUGUAGUAUCCAAAAAAGUGUUAACAAAUCAAAAUUUAUUUUAUAUUUGAGAUUCUUUAAAUUGCCUUGAUGACAGCUUUGCAAACUCUUGGGAUUCUCAACCAGCUUCAUGAGUUAUUCACCUGAAAUGCAUUUCAAUUUACAGGUGUGCCUUCUUAAAAGUUAAUUUGUGGAAUGUUGUUCCUUAAUGCGUUUGAGCCAAUCAGUUGUGUUGUGACAAGGUAGGGGGGUAUACAAAAGACAGCCUUAUUUGGUAAAAUACCAAGUCCAUAUUAUGGCAAGAACAUCCACCAUUACUUUAAGACAUGAAGGUCAGUCAAUCUGGAAAAUUUAAAGAACUGUGAAAGUUUCUUCAAGUGCAGUCGCAAAAACCAUCAAGUGCUAUGAUGAAACUGGCUCUCAUGAGGACCGCCACAGGAAUUGAAGACCCAGCGUUACCUCUGCUGCAGAGGAUAAGUUCAUUAGAGUUACCAGCCUCAGAAAUUGCAGCCCAAAUAAAUGCUUCACAGAUUUCAAGUAACAGACACAUCUCAACAUAAACUGUUCAGAGGAGACUGUGUGAAUCAGGCUUUCAUGGUCAAAUUUCUGCAAAGAAACCACUACUAAAGGACACCAAUAAGAAGAAGAGACUUGCUUGUGCCAAGAAACACGAGCAAUGGAUAUUAGACCGGUGGAAAUGUGUCCUUUGGUCUGGAGUCCAAAUUGGAAAAUGUUGGUUCCAACCACCGUGUCUUUGUGAGACGCAUGGUGGGUGAACGGAUGAUCUCCGCAUGUGUAUUUCCCACUGUAAAGCAUGGAGGAGGAGGUGUUAUGGUGUGAUGCUUUGGUGCUUUGCUGGUGACACUGUCUGAUUUAUUUAGAAUUCAAGGCACACUUAACCAGCAUGGCUGCCACAACAUUCUGCGCUUAGUUGGACUAUCAUUUGUUUUUCAAUAGGACAAUGACCCGACAUACCUCCAGGUUGUGUAAGGGCUAUUUGACCAAGAAGGAGAGUGAUGGAAUGCUGCAUCAGAUGACCUGGCCUCCACAAUCCCACGACCUCAACCAAAUUGAGAUGUUUGGGAUGAGUCGGAUGGCAGAGUGAAGGAAAAGCAGCCAACAAUUGCUCAGCAUAUGUGGGAACUCCUUCAAGACUGUUGGAAAAGCAUUCCAUGUGAAGCUGGUUGAGAGACUGCCAAGAGUGUGCAAAACUGUCAAGGCAAAGGGUGGCUAUUUGUAGAUUCUAAAAUGUCAAAUGUAUUUUUUAUUUGUUUAACACUUUUUUGGUUACUACAUGAUUCCAUAUGUGUUAUUUCGUAGUUGUGAUGUCUUCACUAUUAUUCUACGGUGUAGAAAAUAGUUGUUUUUUAAAGCUCAUGAAUGAUUAGGUGUAUCCAAACUUUUGACUGGUACUGUGUGUGUGUGUGUGUAUAUAUAAUAUAUAUAUAUCUUCUUUCUAUUAUUUGCAUUUGCUAUCUGCCCUGUUAUUUGUAUUAUGUAUUAUUAAAGUCUUAUGUAUUGUUGAAGACUAUAGAAAGUUGCAUAAAUGUUUAUAUAAUAAGGGUUGUGUCUUUGGCAUCCACAGUUCACUUUUCUACAUUUCACUUGGAAAAUAUACUGUAUCUUACUUCCCGCGAGUGCCAUUAUUUUUUAAUGCCAACUGAUUAUUUAUAGGUGCUUUAAGUCUAACCCAGUCUGUAUUGAGCUAGAACAUUUGAAACUGUGGCUUAUUAGUCAAAAUAAACCUCUUGGUUCGAGCUAGACGA